AUGGAUGCGAAAUCCAGCUCACACAAGCGGGCGAUUUCAAACAGCAAAACGGUGUCGCCGCCUGCAGCGAAGCGCCGACAGCAGUCCACUACCACCAGCAAGGCCAUCGCAAAUUUCUUUACACCAGCAUCGAAGAAAGAGCCAGAAAAAAUGGUGUGGCGAGUGAUCAAGGAUAGCUUGCUUGUUGGGCGCUUCGGUGCAGCAGGCACUACAACGACGCAGGCAGCCACAGCAGGCAAGCGCAGAAUAGCGGCUUUUGACCUCGACUCAACACUAAUCAAGUCCGCUUCGGGAAAGACGUUCAGUCGCGACGCAAGCGACUGGAAAUGGUGGGAUAGUAGCGUACCUGGAAGACUCAAGGAUCUCCAUGCCGAUGGCUACCUCAUUGCAAUCAUCAGCAACCAGGGCGGAAUCAGCCUAAAGCCAGACCCCAAAACAGUCAAGUCUGAUCAAAAGCGCCUGUCCGACUUCAAAACAAAGGUGACGGCAGUGCUCAGCCAGCUCGAUCUCCCAAUUUCAAUAUACGCGGCGACUAGCCGGGAUCAGUACCGAAAGCCCAGGACGGGCAUGUGGGAGGAACUAUUGGAAGACCACGACCUAGAAAAACCCGGGGCAGUCGACUUGGACGGAUCGGUAUUUGUUGGGGAUGCCGGCGGUCGUGAGGCUGUGCCUGGGGGAGUUUUGAAGGACCACGCGUGUUCAGACAGAGACUUCGCAGCUAAUGUCGGCAUACCGUUCCAUACGCCAGAGGAGUACUUCCGCCACGAAGAGCCAAGGCCGUUCAUACGAACUUUUGAUCCAACCGUUUUCGUAAAGGGGCGGGGUGGAGACUCAACAUCUGCAACGUUCACGAAAGCGGAAUCGCCAGAGAUUGUCCUAUUCUGUGGCAGUCCCGGUGCUGGCAAAUCGUCGUUCUACUGGAAGCAUCUGCAACCACUCGGAUACGAACGAGUGAACCAAGAUAUUCUUAAAACUCGCGAAAAGUGCGUCAAGUCAGCUACUGGGCUGAUCGAAGAGGGUACGAGUGUGGUUAUCGAUAAUACCAAUGCCGAUCCAAACACUCGAGCCGUGUGGGUUGCAUUAGCGCAGAAGCUCAAGGUACCUCUACGAUGUGUGCUGUUUACAGCAUCGCCUAAGCUAUGCGAGCACAACGACACAUUUCGAGCGUUGAAUGUUGGGCCCGAAACGAACCGCGAAUCUCGCACUAUCCUACCCCACGUUGCCUUUAGUGGCUUCGCUUCACGAUAUCGCGAGCCCAAGCUGGCGGAAGGAUUUGUAGACAUCAUCAAGGUUGAUUUUCAGUUUGAAGGUUCAGACGAGCAAGGAAGACUGUGGAGCAAAUACUGGAUCUGA